GUUUCAGUCUCGUUUCCACAUUGCCAAGAUGCGUACCAGCGCUGUUUCGAUCUUACUGUGCUUCUCCGCCGUGCUGCUAAUGCUGCUGGUGAUCCCAUCCACCAUCGAUGCGGCCAGCGAGCCGGUGUGCACUUAUCGUAACUCAGAGGGGGAGACCAUAUUUCUCAAGUAUCUGCCGCUGCUGAAGCGUGGCCAGGACUAUGUGGACUUUGGUCAGGAUGGCAAAUGUCUGAAGCGUGCCAUCUGCACGGAUACCUUUAAGAUCAUGGUGGAGGACUGUGCCCAGCACAAGAUCAAUUGUGCCAAUAAGGAUCGCUUUACGGGCGUCUAUCCAGCCUGUUGUCUCAAGUGUCCGUAGGCAGAUCUGGAGGAGCACAGAAUACGUAUGAAUUUUCCUGCUGUUCUCCUAAUUCUUAAAAUACAACAAUACUCGCGAAGUAGAAGACAAUAAUAAUCAUUUAUGUAUAAUGAA